AUGGAGGCGGCGGGAGGCGGCGGAGCCCCGGGCCCGGGCAGGGCCCGCCCGGGACAGCCCCAGCCACAACCCCAGCCACAACCACAGCCACAGCCCAAGGGCCGGGAGCUCUUCAGGAGCCAGCGCAAGGAGUCCGAGGGCUCCGUGGAUUGUCCCAACCUGGAAUUCGAGUACGGGGAUGCCGACGGCCACGGCGCUGAGCUGGCAGAGCUGUACAGCUACACCGAGGAGCCUGAGCUGAGCCACAACAGGAGAUGCUUCGAGGAGGAUUUUCACACUCAAGUGCCGGACAGGAGGUGGCUGGAGCUGGACAGGGCUCAGCAGAAGGCCUAUGUCAUGCACCUGCUGGAUGGGCUGGAGGUGGUCAACAGGGACAAGAGGCUCAGAGUGGCACGGGCCAUCCUGUAUCUGGCACAGGGUGUCUUUGGGGACUGUGAUAAUGAAGGUGAUGUCCUGCACUGGUCUCGGCACAACAGCUUCCUCCUGUACCAGCUGGGAACCUUCUCUGCCUUCCUGGAGCUCCUCAACAUGGAGAUUGAGAACAGCCAGGCCUGCAGCAGUGCCCUGCGGAAGCCAGCCAUCUCCCUGGCUGACAGCACGGAGCUCAGGGUCCUGCUCAGUGUCAUGUACCUGAUGGUGGAGAACAUCCGUGUGGAGCAGGAGACAGAUCCCCCCGAGUGGAAAACCUGCCGGGAGACCUUCAGGAUGGAGCUGAGUUUCCCUGUGCACACUGAGGAGCCGUUUGCUCUGCUGCUCUUCACGAUGGUCACCAAGUUCUGCAGCGGCCACGCUCCACACUUCCCCAUGAAGAAGGUCCUGCUCCUGCUCUGGAAGGUGCUCCUGUUCACGCUGGGCGGGUUCGAGGCGCUGCAGGCCAUGAAGGUGCGGCGGCGGGAGGAGCUGGGGCUGCCGCCGCUGCCCGAGGACAGCAUCCAGGUGGUGCGGGGGAUGCGUGCGGCCUCCCCGCCCACCUGCGCCAUCGAGCUCGUGGAGCAGCAGCAGCAGCAGCCGCAGCAGCAGAAGCGGAGCCACCGCAGCCGCAGGCCCCUGAUGAAGCAGGACAGUUUGGAUAUCUACAACGAGAGAGAUCCCUUCAAGAACGACGAGGGAGGGGUUGAUGAAGAGGAGAACGACGACGUGGACGGCGGGAUGGAGGGCGAGCUGGAGCUGGUGGAGCGCGACGCGCUCAUCCCCGCCAUGCCGGCUCAGCGCCUGCCCCUUGAGAGGGUGUCCUUCCCCAAGGGGCUGCCCUGGGCCCCCAAAGUCAGACAGAAAGACAUCGAGCAUUUCCUGGAAGCAAGCAGGAACAAAUUCAUCGGAUUCACGCUGGGACAGGACACUGAAACCCUGAUAGGGCUCCCACGGCCAAUCCAUGAAAGUGUGAAGACCCUGAAGCAGCACAAGUACGUUUCCAUCUCGGAUGUCCAGAUCAAGAACGAGGAGGAGCUGGAGAAGUGCCCCAUGUCUCUGGGGGAAGAGGAAGUGCAAGAAACCCCUUGUGAGGUGUUGUAUCGAGCAAUGUUGUACAAUCUCCCCCAGUACAUGAUCGCUUUGCUGAAGAUCCUCCUGGCUGCUGCACCCACCUCCAAGGCCAAGACUGACUCCAUCAACAUCCUGGCAGACGUGUUGCCUGAAGAGAUGCCGAUCACCGUCCUGCAGAGCAUGAAGCUGGGCAUCGACGUGAACAGACACAAGGAGAUCAUCGUGAAGAGCAUCUCAGCGCUGCUGCUGCUGCUCCUCAAGCACUUCAAGCUGAACCACAUCUACCAGUUUGAGUACGUGUCCCAGCACCUGGUGUUUGCCAACUGCAUCCCGCUGAUCCUGAAAUUCUUCAACCAGAACAUCAUGUCUUACAUCACUGCCAAAAACAGCAUCUCUGUCCUGGAUUAUCCACAUUGCACAGUCUGUGACUUGCCUGAGCUCACAGCAGAAAGUCUGGAAGCUGGGGACAACAACCAGUUUUGCUGGAGGAAUUUGUUCUCCUGCAUUAACUUGCUGAGGAUCCUCAACAAGCUGACCAAGUGGAAACACUCCAGGACAAUGAUGCUGGUGGUGUUUAAAUCAGCCCCGAUCCUGAAGCGGGCUCUGAAGGUGAAGCAGGCCAUGAUGCAGCUCUACGUGCUCAAGCUGCUGAAGAUCCAGACCAAGUACCUGGGGCGCCAGUGGAGGAAGAGCAACAUGAAGACCAUGUCUGCCAUCUACCAGAAGGUGCGGCACCGCAUGAACGACGACUGGGCCUACGGCAACGACCUUGUCAGAGCGGUGUUUCCCCCACUAUUUGGAUGCUGUCCCUCCUCCCCUGCAGACAUUGACGCCAGGCCGUGGGAUUUCCAGGCUGAGGAGUGCACGCUGAGGGCCAACAUCGAAGCCUUCAACAGCCGCAGGUACGACAAGCCGCAGGACUCGGAGUUCGCGCCGGUGGACAACUGCCUGCAGAGCGUGCUGGGCCAGCGCCUGGAGCUGCCCGAGGACUUCCACUACUCCUACGAGCUGUGGCUGGAGCGGGAGGUGUUUUCGCAGCCCAUCCGCUGGGAAGAGCUGCUGCGCUGCCAGUGACAGCCCCGCUCCCGCCGCCCUCAGGGCUGGGGUGGAUCUGCGGGUUUUAGCACAGCUGGGGACAAAAUUAAACCUUUCCAAAGAGACCAGGUCUCUGUGUGCCCAGCAGCCACCUCCUUUUGGAGGUCAUCCUGUGACUCCUUGGAGAGCAUAAAGCACGGGCUGCAGAGUGAGCUGGGAGCCCAGCUGUGUCUCCGUGUAGGGUAAGGUGAGGAUUCCCAUUGGGAAUUCCACCCCUCCCGCACGCCCCACGCUCCCUUGUUUGGGCCUGUUCUGGCUGCUGACGUGCUCCCAACACAGGAACACAGGCUGGCUUGGGAUGGAGGCAGCACUCUGUGCUGUCCCUGGGCUGGCCCUGCUGCUGCUGCUGGGAUGGCACAGCCCAGCUCAGAGCCCUGUGCCACCAGGGCCAGGUCCUGCAUGUCCCCCGGCCACCCACCCAUCACCUUUGCACCUCUGCUCUCCUCCAGCUCACUCACCUUCAUUGCAGCACCCCCGUGCUGUGCAGUUCCCAGCUGGGUGCUUGGAGAUCCCUUUUCUCUCCUCCCUGAGGGUCAUUGGGAUUCCACAUCCUCUGCAGCCCUGAGGGCACAGCAAAUACCACGUUAAACACCCCAAGCUUUACACAGAUUUUUGCUUGUUUGGGGCAAUGUCUGUGCCAGGUCUUGGGGUGGGGAGGGGAGGUGCUUGGGUGAACAAUUUAUGAGGAAAAGAGUGCAUUAUUCUGUGGUCCAUAACCUUCAGGAUGAAUAGGAUAUGGAGCUGUAAACUUUCUGUCAAUUUAAUAACUUAAUACUUAAAUUAAAUAAUGAACAAUACACUUGGGUAAAGCUGCAUUGCAUGAGGGUGGCAUUUGUCAAAGCAUUGUGUGUUCAUAUAGGGCAGGGAAGCCCUAAAUAAACAAGUGUUUGUUAUGGCAGGAUUUGUGCUAAUUGCUUAAAUAAUUAAUGAGCCUGGGAAUGUUUCCUUCAUGGGGUUUGUCCAAGGCCUUGUUCAUGGAAAUGGCAUUAAGCCUUUUAAAGCCUUUUAAAAUAUGCUUUUGUUCAAAAUAAACCAACUUUUAAAGGACACCUCUCUAUUUAA